UCAACCAUGACUGCUCAACUUAUUGCGGAGAUUGACACCCUUAAUGAUCAAGACAAGUUUCAAGAGGUAUACGAUAAGCUGAGGAAGCCCGAUGGUAAUUACAGCGACAUGUCCCUGGAUCUUAUGUGGCGGUUAGCCCGAUUUUUAGUUUUGAAUAAGGGACCGAAGGAUAAAAAGGCCAAGGAAGAGUGGAUUGAGGAAGGUCUUAAAGUAAUGAAAACAGCUGUGGAGAGAUUUCCGAGAGAAUGCCUUAGUAAUACCUGGUAUGGCAUAAUGCUAAAUGUCAAAUCGCAAGAUGAAGGCAUCAAGAACAAAAUUAAGCUUGGACAUGAGGCUGAUCCGAACGACUUCAUGGCUCUCCACUGUCUAGGGUCAUGGUGCUUUGAAGUGGCAUCUUUGGGCAAAGUUGAGAGAGCCUUUGCAACAACCUUCUUUGGGAAGCCACCAGAAUCCACCUUUGAGGAAGCCCUAAAGUUCUAUUUGGAGGCUGAUAAGAUUCGUCCCGAUCGUCCGUAUACGGUGUGCCGAAUCGCCCAGUGCUAUGAGCGACUAAAAGACAAAGAGAAAGCCAAAGAAUGGGCACAAAAGGCUAUUAAACUUCACGCGCAAGACCCGGAAGUUGAAGAGGUGAGUGUUGCCCUUUCAUUAUAA